CCUGCGCUUCCUUUUGCCAUCCAUCCGAGCUGAGCUCACUCGUUGUUUGUUUCCUCAUUCAAAAGGUCUGAGAACACAAUGUCCAAAGCAUUGGCCAAGCAGUCGCUCAACUCGCUCCUGGCCAACCUGGCCGCCAAGUCGCCCGUCGCGUCUUCCGCAGCCGGCGCCAGUGGAUCAAGCAACAGCAUCCAGACCAAGCGCCGACAUGGGCAGCAGCGCAGCAGUGGCAGCGGAUCGACGACCGAGCACUCUGCUGCGGUGCGCCACGAGGACGAGUCCGAGACCGCACUCCACGCUCACACGACCAAGGCGGGUGUCCGCAAGGCCAAGGAACGACAGGCACAGACACUGCGCAAGCAGCGCCAAGAUGCCGCACGUCGGAAGGCGGCGCAGAGCAACCCUCUCAAGAACGCAGGCGCAGAAGGACCAGUCAAUUACGCUGCUGAAAACCUGCGGAUGCUACAGACAUUGUCAACCGGUGCUCAAAAGGUCUCCAUCAAGGCAAAUACUAGCACUACCAAGGGUCAACGACGAAAAUGAACCAGGGACCUCUCCUUCUCGGUUGACGUUGAUUGAACUGCCGCCAAUAAAAC